AUGGCAGCUGAAGUUCCGCUUCCGAUUCCAAUCUCCUUCGUGUCUGGCCGCUAUCUAAUUUUCUCGGCUGAGGCUGCGACGUAUUUAAGAAAAGAAUAUAAUAUAUGUGGUGUUUUGAUGGGCACAUUACCUCAAGUCCCGCAACAAAAUGUUUUCCUUGGUAUUCCCGUCGAGCUCAUGCCCGAGGAAGCAAGACUCUUGGUAGAGAAGAAAGUAGCACGCAUUGUCGAUGGCCAAAGGUAUCACAAUGAUAGUAUGCGAUCACUCCUGGAAGGAGACAAAAUCAAGUACUUGCAAUCCCUUCAACGAGAAGGUCGGAAUGUGUCCCAAGUCAAGUCGAAUAGGAAAGAGCAGCAGCGGGAAGAAUCUUUGAGAAAGGCGGCACAGAAGAGAAAAGCCCAAGCAGCCACAGCGGCUGAAAAGGAAAAUACAGAAAGCACCGAUGAUAUGCUCUUUGAACCUCCGGCACGCCCAGCUAGUUCCAUGUCGAACGCGAGCUCUACCGCUCAGUUAUCGACAAUAAGCAUCACACCUGCCAUCACAUACCCUCUUAUCCCCUACCAACCUUCUGCAAAAUACGAAAUGCCUCUGCCAGAAGUACCCGCCUCUUAUCCCGUGUACGCCCAUCUCCAUUCCCACGGAUAUUUCCUUUCUCCAGGAUUGAGGUUCGGGUGUCAAUACAUGGCUUACCCUGGCGACCCACUUCGUUUCCAUUCGCACUUUUUAGUGUAUGGAUUUCAUAGAGAUCAGGAGUUGAAUCUCAUGGAGAUUGUAUCUGGUGGUCGACUUGGUACUGGUGUUAAGAAAGGGUUUCUUCUGGGUCAUGCCGUUGACCCGGAUGAUGCCUCCUCUGAGGUUCGUACGUUUAGUAUUGAGUGGGCAGGGAUGUGA